AUGACUUGCAAAGCAAAACACCGCGCAUCCUCUGCGCCCGCGGCCAUGCAAGUAAUGGCGCUGCGCGCCUUGAAGCCGUCGAACCCUCCCUCGCCCUCGCCGACCGGCACCAGAUCCACGACAGCAAACUCCCAAACAGCCAGCUCACGCGCCUCAGGGUCCUCCUUGAAGAUGGCCGUGCUGGUGCUCUCGAAGAUGACAGUCCUCGCGCCUCAGGUUGCAGCAAUAUCCCAGGCCCGGUGCAGCUCCGCGCGUCCAGGGUCGGGAGCAGGUGCUGGAGGAAGAGCAGGCCUGGAGUGGCGGACGCGGGAAUUGUGAAGAUGUUGCCGGGUACCUCACUCGUCCGUAUUGGUCUCAGAGAGACUUGUUCUAGAGGAAGCCUAACGUGAUGAAUAUCUGAGCCUUUGCCUACUGGUGAUGAAAGACUUUGGACUAGCAAAAAAAGAGGUUUUUGUUUCGUUGUGGC